AUGUGGAGAAAGGCAAAAGUAGUGGCACUGCCAAAACCAGGCAAAGAUUACAAAAACCCAAAAAAUUACAGACCGAUAUCUUUGCUAUGUCAUACCUUUAAAUUGUAUGAACGUAUGAUCAUGAAUCGUAUCAAGUGUCAAGUCGAAAGAAAACUUAUUCCUGAGCAAAGGACGGCUACGAGAAUAAAAAGAUGGAGAAAUCAGCGAAAUGGAUUAUCCCAAGAUAGCAUACUAGCAUCUAUGUUAUUCAACAUAAACACCAAUGAUCAACCCAUCAUUAUAGAAACAAAACAUUUCUUAUAUGCAGACGAUUUAGCCCUAGCAGCGCAGGACAUUACCUUCGAAAUAGUCGAACGUAAACUUACCAGAUCACUUCAAGAAUUAACAAAUUAUUACAUAAAAGACCAACUAAGACUUAAUCCAGAUAAGACACAGAUAUGCAGCUUCCAUCUCCGAAACCACGAGGCAAAAAUAAAACUAAAAGUUGAAUGA